GUCAUUGCUGAAAUGUGUGCUGUUAUUUGUGCUUUUUAAAUGGAAUGUCUUCUCCGCUCAUUUUCUUCCUUAUCAUUCCUGUUGGGACUUGGCUUUUUCAGCUGGGCAGUUUCCGAAGCCUUUCCUGACUGAUCUAGUUUCUAUGACUGCACCUCCUUAGCACUCAUUUGCUCAGUAUGUUUUGCAUUAUCCUAUUAUUGCAGAUGGCAAUGAAACUAUGAUUGUAAAAAAUCUGGUUCCUUUUCUCUCCCAUUUGGAUACAAAGCUUAUGCAGAGGGCUGGUAAGUGCUGUCUUGCCUGCAGAAGACAUUUUGCAAAGAAGGUAUUAGAGGCUUGAGCAUUAGUAAACUCCUGGACUCUAGGGAGGCAUCCCAAAGAUCUAGUCCUGUCCCUGCCCAUAAUUCCCUGCGCUAUGUCCCUGGGUGAUCUCAUCCUCUUUUUGCUUCAUCUUCUAUGACAAUUUGGUGCCUCCCAAAUAAAUACAUUCAGCCCAUUCCUCUCCCUGAGCGUCAUACCCAUAUAUCUCAACUUAAUCCUUGGAUCUUCCACAAGAAACUUAAUCUAACUGUGUUUUAAUCUGAAAUUAUCCCUUUUUUACUUACCAUUUUGUCCCCAGAUUAUGUCUCCUUGUAUAUUCCUCCUUUUGGUUAAUAGGUAUUUCCAUAUUAGAAAUCUUGGUCGGUGUCCCUCUUUACUCCCUUCUCAUUCCCCAAAUGCAGUGAAUAAUUAAGUCUAUGGUCAUGAUUUCUUCUGGUUCUUACUCCUUUCCAUCCUCUUUGUUCUGCCUUUAUUCAUGCCUCAUCUGUCUCUCUUGAAAUUCUCAUCUCUUUCUCUUCUACUGAUACUUCAGGGGACAGAAAGGUUGUUUUCAAAAAACACCAGCACCUCCACUAUUGCUGUGCAGGUUAUAUGUUGCACAAAGGUGCUGCAUUCACACUUUAGAAAUGUAUGCUUGUAUAUUUGCCAUGACAAUUUUCUGGCAAAUGGCAGUAAAAUGUAUUGUUCUAACAUCAGUAUAUUGUUACAGUUAAGUAAGAAACCUUCUAAUACUUAUAAAGGUGCCUAUGGACUAAAGAACAUCCUCUGUUCUUACACCUUUAGUUCUCUGCCAGGCAAACUUGUUCUCAUUUUUUAAAAUCCAGCAUAAAUAUCCUCUCAUGAAGCCUUUUUUGAUACUCCUGCAAGAGGCAGUCAUUCCUUCCUUGAGCCAAUGCUGUAUUUGUUUACUACCUUCUCACAGUGCUUAUCACAUUAUAAUAAUUAGUAUAUGAGUCUUCCUGCCCAUUUUUGUACUCCAUGUCCCUCAGGGAUAGCGACAAUGUUUAAUCAUUCUUUGAUCCUCAGCAUGUAGCCUAAUGUCUGGCGUAUAGAGUAUAUUAAUAAACAUAACACAUAUUUGAUUGCUUAGUAUGAUUCAGGCACAGAAGUAAAUACUUUACCAAUAUGAUCUUAUUUAAUCUUCACAACAGCUGCAUGAGUCCUGUCAUCAGUACAGUUUACAGAGUAAUGAUGCGGGUGUGCUGGUUGGUGAGGCAGGACAACUGGCACCAGCGAAUCAAACUUCCACAUUUGGAAAUAGUCGUGGUUGGGCGGGGCCCGGAGACUAAGAUCACUGACAAGAAAUGUUCACGACAGCAAGUGCAGUUGAAAGCUGAGUGUAACAAAGGAUAUGUCAAGGUAAAGCAGGUAGGGGUCAAUCCCACCAGCAUUGACUCAGUCAUAAUUGGGAAGAACCAAGAGGUGAAGCUGCAGCCUGGCCAGGUUCUCCACAUGGUGAAUGAACAUUAUCCAUAUAUUGUAGAGUUUGAGGAAGAGGCAAAGAACUCUGGCCUGGAAGCACAGAAGAAGAGAAGGAGGUCAGGCAGCUGUAAUUCUGUAGAAAGAGAAGCUGUCCAGGAAACUGGGCCCUGUGCAGGACUGGAACCUGGGAGCUACCCUAGUGAAUGUGCUGUGCCCCCAAAGAAGGGGAAAGAUGCAUCUACCAAAAAGGAAUCAUUGGGCCACUGGAGUCAAGGCUUGAGGAUUUCUAUGCAGGACCCCAAAAUGCAGGUGUACAAAGAUGAGCAGGUGGUAGUGAUUAAGGAUAAAUACCCCAAGGCUCGUCACCACUGGCUUGUCUUACCAUGGGCCUCCAUUUCCAGUCUGAAGGCUGUGACCAGGAAACACCUGGAGCUUCUCAAACACAUGCACACUGUAGGGGAAAAGAUGAUUGCUGAUUUUGCUGGGUCCAGCAAACUCCGCUUCCGAUUGGGCUACCACGCCAUUCCCAGCAUGAGAGCCUGUGACCAACAGAGCCCUUGACUACAGAGCCAUUUUCCUUAGUCAUCAUGGUGUCUGUACCUUUCAUAUAAUGAAUGCUGGUGUGCUAAGGAAAAUGCUGAAAUCAAGAGCUGUGGCAUUUGUGGGUGAGAAGCAAAACGAACAGUGAAGUUGUCACCAGCGUAUCUUUUUAUGAUCACUAUGAUAAAAUUUUGAAUAAACAUUGUAGAAAGGAAAAGGUAACAUAGUUUUUUCAGUUGUAAAAGCAAUAUAUUUUCAAUUUAGAAAACAUAAACAAAUAUGAACAGAGCAAAGAUCUUCCAUAAUAUUGCCACUACUUAAACUCUAGACCUGAUUCAGAUUUCACAUAUUUUCCCUGUAAUCAGUUUCUGCUCCAGGAUUUGUAAUCUAGGAUCCCUCAUUGCAUUUGUUUGUUUUCUUUCUUUGGUCUCCCUGAAUCUAUGGCAGUUUUCUCCUCCUUUCCUUGUUUUAUGACCUUCACACUUUUGAUGAGUUCUGGCUAGUUUAUAGGAAGGAUGUCUCUUAAUUUGAGUUUGCCUGGUAUUUUUUCAUGAUUAGAUUGAUGUUAUGCUUUUUAAAUUAUUUUUUUUGCCAAAAUAUCACAGAAGUGAGAUGUGUCCUCAUAUCAAGGAGUGCAUGAUGUGGAGCUGGUUUUUUACUCAUGAUGUUAACCUUGAUCACUUUGUUAAGGUGAUUUCUCUACUAAAAGUUGCUGCUUUUUCCUUUGUAACUGAUGAAUAUCUUGAAUAUUUUGAGGCUGUGCUACUAUCCUCUUUCUCCUAAACUUUGCCCAGUGAUUUUAGCAUCUACUGGUAGAUCUUGCCUGCAAUAGUAAUUACUAGGGAGUUUAGCUAAUGGUGAUCUUACGUUUCCCUCAUUCCUUCUAAUUUAUUAAUAAGAGUUCUUCUGUAUGGAAGUGCUAUCUUUUCCCCCCAUUAUGUAUUUAUUCAAAUAUUUAUUAGUAUGAACUCAUGGAUCUGUAUUAUUUUUUAUAGGUCUUAAUUCAAUCUGUCUAAUUAUUUUCUUGCUCAAAUUGUUCCAGUUUUGGUCAUUGAAAGCUCCUUGAGGUUGACUCUUGUAUCACUUUGACAUGCCUUCAACAUUUUUUGAGAGGUUUGUUAUUUUCUGAAACAAAAUAUUCUAGGCUAAUCUAAUUUUUUCCUGUUCUAGCCCUGGAAUGAACCACUUCUCUGAAGAGCCCUAGUUUCUUUCAUUAGAGAAUGAUAUUUACAAAUCAAGAGAUGGCCAGUAGGUUUUUAUAAUGAGAGAAGUAGUGGAUUCUAGCAUAUCAUUGUUCCUAGGUCCUCUCAGCAGACAGAGCUAGGAAAUACAUGCAUCAAUCUUAACCCACAUAGAUACACAUACCUCUGUUACAUUUCUGGAUUUAUCUACCUGUAUAUGUAUAUGGUAAACCAGAGGCCAUGAUGAUACCUCUCAUUCCAGUCCAGCUGCACAAGGUUCAUUCUUGUCUCCCCCUUUUCUUCAUUGUAACUUCUUUCUUUAACAGUGAGAAAUCUGGCACUCAUUAGGUACAAUAAAUUCACUUAUUUGUUCAACUGUAGUAUACAUAUAUAGUAGUUACAGAAUUGCUAACUCAUAUUCUUGUGAGAAUGACAUUUACUCACUACAGCAGAGUAUUUGUAUAUAGCUCUUUUUAUUUUUACAGCAAGCAUCAGUCAGAUACUAUUUUCUGAAGUUAGUUAUUUUCUUCCUGACCUCCUUCAGUGUGAGUUCCUUAUUUAUUUGUAAUACAGUUAGGUUUAUUUGUUACUGCUUGUAUUUCAUUUUGGGUACCCAUGUACUGGUUGAUUUUGAUUAUUUUUUGGGGGAAUGUGAAAUAUUACCGAUUCUGAGUCAAAGCUAUACAAAAAGGCAUCUUACUUGGCUUUUAGCAAGUCCAAAAAAGAACUCUUGAUUGUCUUUCCUAAACCUGCUUUUCCCCUAAGCUUCUCCAUCUCAGUGAGUGGCACCUCCCCAAACUCACAUCUAGUCCAUUAGUAAGUCCUGUUCAUUCUAUUCCAAAAUAUAUUUGAAAUUGGAUUGCUUCUUGUCAUCUUACCUACUAUAGCUCUAGUCUAAGCUGUGAUUAUUUCUGGUUUGGACUGCUGUAGCUGCCUCUUAACUGGUUCUCUCUCUCUCUCUAUCCUUACCCUCUCUAUAGUCCUUUUUCCACACAAUAGCCACAGUGAUUUUUUAGAAGUGUCAAUCAGAUGAUAGCACUCCCCUGCUUAAAAUUAUUCAAUGGCUUGCCAGUGUAAUCAAAAUAAAAUGCAAACCCUUUGAAGACCUGUAAGAGCCUUUAUGAUCUGGCUCUUACCUAGUCUUUACUUUGUCUCUAACCAUUCUGGCCAUAUUACCUUCUUUCUGUUCCUUGUUUGUACGAAGCUCCUUCUCAUUUCAGGGCCUUUGCACUUGGUCUCCCUACUCCCUGAAACACUCUUUCCCCAGAUCUUUGCUUGCCUGCUUUCUCAGCUCAGGUCACUGCUUGGGAGAGACCUUCCCUGAGUACUCUAGCUAGUUAAAGAGACAGACUUUAUCCUUGAUAUUCUCUUCUACCUCUCUAUCCUAUUUCCCUGUUGUAUUUUUUUCUUAGCAGUGUUAAUAACUUGAAUUACUUUUAUUUACUUAUUUUUUAUUGGCCCUCAUUAGAAUAUUUCUAUGAGGGCAGAGGCUUUUCCCAUUUUGUUCACUGCUAAAUUCUCAGUGCUGGAACAGUGCUUGGCCCUAGUAGGUACUUAAUGAGCUUUAAAUAUUCUUAAGUGAAUGAAUUAAAUUAGAUGGAAACUCUACCGAUAUUUUAUAUACCUAUACUUUUAAUGUGUCAUUCUGAUUAAGACACAGUUUUUAAUGGAUUUAAUGGUCAAUUUUUUUCCCUUU